UGGAGGGCCUAGUUUACCUAUGCCUGGUCUAGACACUGUAGCCUCAAAGUGUGGAGCUUUUGUGCAUGCAGGUUGUCCUGUUCAUUUAAUCAUCACUUUUUUUCUUACAGCACCAAAGCUGCAAUUAAUUUCAGUAUUGUGGUCUGCACAAUGUAUGUAGAGGUGAAUGGGGGCCCCCUUUGUGGGCGGUGAAGCACUAAGUGUAUAUUGGGGAGCCUGCAGCUCUUUCUGGGUUGAGGAAAUUGCCACAUGCUUCAAAUGACCAACCAUGGCAAUUAAUUUUGAGAAGCCAGCUCUUGGUUUUAAGCGGAGAGUUGAGAUUCUUCAUGGUCAGUCAUGCUAAAGGAGGCGAAGGGGAUUUUUAAAGGCCUGAAAACUCUGUUGGUCUGAAGGAGUCGAGUUGCUUAAGAGAUAAUAUACAGUAAGAGUGAUUUCCUACCACCACCACCUCAGGAAUUGCAAAAGAGAAGGGACUUUUUGCUCCUAGUAAUGCUCCUUUUUCAAUAGGUUCUCCUAGCUGGGAGGUGAAUAGAGGAAUGCAAGUCCCCAUCUACAAUGUACUCUUGCUCUGCUAUGGAAAGGGAGAUGGGCAGGAGUGCCAACUUGGCCCAGCCCAUUCAUGGAGAAUUUUGGGGGUGUUUGGGCACCCAGGGUCCCAGGGAGCUGGCACCUAUGGAGAUGAGCAUGUUGAAGCUGCUGUCUGUGGCACAGCGGGUGUGUGUGUGUGGGGGGGGGCAUUUUCAUUGAAAAAAGCGCCCACCUUCCAAAACAAUCUGCACCAGACAGUUUGAUCUGAUAUGCAUUCUCCUCCAGCAAACAAAAAAAACCAAAAAGAAUAUUUAAAAUGGUACUUAAAAUACAAAAAUCCAAUAAAAUAGUAAUGCCCAAUUAUUUUCUUAUUAAAUAUAUUUCAUAUUCCCCCAAUAUCAUUUUAUGCCUCCUUCCUUCCUUUUGAAAAAAAAAUCUUCUGCCCCUUCGACACCACCAGCUGUUACACAAAUUGUUACUCAGGUCUACAAUGGCCACGGAUUUAAGAUCUCCCACCCUCAACUCCAAGCGGUUGCACUGUACAGUGGUGCCUUGCUAGACGAAUUUAAUUCGUUCCACGGGUCUUUUCUUAUAACGAAAAAUUCGUCUAGCGAAUCCCAUAGGAAUGCAUUGAAUUUUUUUUGAAUUUUUUUUUGCCCAUAGGAACGCAUUAAUUGAAUUUCAAUGCAUUCCUAUGGGAAACCGCAAUUCGCUAGACAAAUUUUUCAUAAAACGAAUUCGUCUAGCGAGGCAACCUCCACUCGAAAAAUCCUUUCGUUAAGCGGAAAUUUCGUUAAGCGAGGCACCACUGUAUUUUUAUUUUGGUUCUGAUGUUCCCAUUUGUUUUUGUGUGUCAUCCCCUUGCCCCGCUGUGCAGACUGCAUGUGAAUUGAUUUUAAUUGUGUAUUUGCUUCAAUUACAAUAAUUGCAAUUGAUCCAAGUGACCGUUUGACAGAUUAUUGGAUUCAUUCGUAUUCUUUUUUCCCUUUUUAAAAAUGAACGUAAAACGAGUCUGAUAAGAUAUUUUCAGAACUUAAUGCAUUUGGGUCAUGGUGAAUUCACAGAAUUUGGGUUUCUGAAGAUUUGAAGGUGACCUGGAAACUACAAUUAAUCCAGAAUGCGGCAGCUAGACUGGUGCCUGGGAGCAGCCGCCGAGACAACAUAACACCGGUCUUGAAAGAUCUACAUUGGCUCCCAGUACAAUUGGCUCUGAGCACAAUUCAAAGUGUUGGUGCUGACCUUUAAAGCCCUAAACAGCCUCUGUCCAGUAUACUUGAAGGAGCGUCUCCACCCCCAUCGUUCUGCCCGGACACUGAGGUCCAGUACUGAGGGCGUUCUGGCGGUUCCCUCGCUACAAGAAGCCAAGUUAUCUCCUGCUUGGACUACUGCAAGCCAAGUUAUCUCCCACUUGGACUACUGCAAUGCGCUCUAUGUGGGGCUACCUUUGAAGGUGACCCGGAAACUACAACUAAUCCAGAAUGCGGCUGCUAGACUGGUGACUGGGAGCGGCCGCCGAGACCACAUAACACCGGUCUUGAAAGAUCUACAUUGGCUCCCAGUACAAUUGGCUCUGAGCACAAUUCAAAGUGUUGGUGCUGACCUUUAAAGCCCUAAACAGCCUCUGUCCAGUAUACUUGAAGGAGUGUCUCCACUCCCAUCGUUCUGCCCGGACACUGAGUUCCAGUAUCGAGGGCCUUCUGGCGGUUCCCUCGUUGCGAGAAGCCAAGUUGCAGGGAACCAGGCAGAGGGCCUUCUCGGUGGUGGCACCCGCCCUGUGGAACGCCCUCCCAUCAGAUGUCAAAGAAAAAAACAGCUACCAGAUUUUUAGAAGACAUCUGAAGGCAGCCCUGUUUAGGGAAGCUUUUAAUGUCUGAAGGAUUUCUGUAUUUUAAUAUUUUGUUGGAAGCUGCCCAGAGUGGCAGUAUUACACCCACUUACUUGGCAGCAAGGUUAAUUGAAAUGGAAUAAUUGCUUCUGACUGGAAAGAAGAUGGCACCCUGAUGCAUGGAGUCUUUUGAGAUAAUGUAUGUGAAAGGCAACAGUUCAGAGGUAGAGCACAUGCUCGGCAUGUAGAAGCACCCCCAGUUUCAAUUCCUGGCACCCCCAGGGAGAGCUAGAAAAACAAUACCGAAACCUUGAAGAGCUCCUGCCAGCCAUUGUAGACAGCACUGAGCUAGGUGGUUUGACUCAAUAUACUGCUGCAUCUUAUAUUUCUAGCUCCUGCUAUUGCUCUUGUUGUAAGCUGGAAACUUAAUUUUUGUAUACUGUAAACCUGUCUUAUGUGGGGUGAGACUGCAGAAUCAGUUUUGUGCUCAUGACCACCGAUGUUUCAUAUUAGGUCUGUGUAACCUUCAUAGGAAUCUUAAAGCUGUGCUACAGGGGCCUAAAUAGAUUUAAUGGUCAUUCCCUGUUUUCGGUGAGGGGCGGGGUGGAACCCUGGAAACUAUAAGUGAGGCAAAAGAUUGCUAACGGAAGUUGGAGCAUCCUCACCAAGCUAGGAUGUAAAAGGACUGAUUUGGGGGAAGCCCCACUUUUCAUUGCCAUAUUUGGAACAAAAUGCUAUACUGUAGUUUUGAAUUUUCACUUAAAGCGCUGUAACUUAAAGCUGCCGCUUACCCUACCCUUCAUAACACAGGAGGAAUGUUCAAAUAGGCUGCCAUGUUAACCUAUUUCAGUCAUGUCAUCAUCCCUGGUGUUUUGUUGCUGUUUUAAGUCUGAAAGCACCAUACACGUCUAGCUUUUCCUAUUUAUGUCUCUUUCUUAGGACAGGGUUCUAAACCAGUUCACAACGAUACAGCACUUCCCAAGUAAAUUAGCUAUCCCCCCCCCCCUCUCUCUAUAUUUGGUUAAAGAGUCAGCUUUGUCACUUUUAAGGACUGCGGCAGUUCUGUUGUGUGGUGAUGGUUCUGGCAUUUGCGGAUGUUUACCUAUAUUGGAGGCUAGUAAGUUCUCUCCCUGGCUUGGAAGUAUGAAACCCGUAUGAAUGAUAUACUUGAGCCAUGCUUAGAGUUUUUGUUUUCUUUUUUCUUUCCCUAAAAAUUAUAAAAACAAAACAAAACAUGGUAGUAGCAUUUAUUGGAGCCAUGUUCUGGAAGCCUUGGCCCUUAAUCUUAAUAUGGGUGUUGGGUGUGCACAAUGUAUCUGGUCAGAGGAUCUCUCAGUAUUCUCAAAAUAAACUCAAUUCAUUCAUAUAUAUAUUCUCAUACACACACACACACACACACAGAGAGAGAGAGAGAGAGAGAGAGAGAGAGGGAGAGGGAGAGAGAGAGAGAGAGAGAGGUAGAACAAUCAUUUCUGCAUAAGCUUAGAAUGUGCAUGACGAAUGUGAAUCCUGAUAUAAACCGAUCUGCACCUUCCAGACUAAUGCAGACCAGAGCUUUGUGGUGUGAAUGCUCUGACAUGGCUCAAUGUGCAUUUAGAAACGCAUGUGUUGAGAUUUGACAUGCAUCUUUAAAUUCAUAAUGAUAUAUUUGUGCAGAUUGACUAUAUAUACACACAUAUACAGUACAUGUAGAAAAAGGGUUUGGGUGGACUUAACAGUGAAGACAUGUGAAAGUGAUACAUAGAUGGGAGAUAGGCUGGUUCAUCCAUGCCUACUUUAGAAGCUAUUACUGUACCUGGUUACAAUGAAUGCUUUCCUUUUUAUAAUUAAAUGCCGUAUGCAAAAAGGAGAGGUUUUUAAUGGAUUGGAUUGUGCUACAUGUUAUAUGUAAACACAACUAAUAGUUGCUUAAUGGCUACUUUACUGUUGGAAAAGCCUCUGUGUAAGGAAGUGGCUGGGAACUGAGAACAGGUGAGUCCAUUUCUCCACCCACUUCUCUUCUUCCAACUACCCCAUUCUAAAGCUGUUUCCCUUGUACAGUACAUCUUUGCAUCUAAUGUGUAGUUUAAUGGGAAAUUAAUCAUGAACACCUGAAACUAAAUGAAGCCAAUAGUAUACCAUUGCCCUUGGUGAUCAGCCAACUUUUUGAGUGUGCUUGGGGUGGAGGGAAAUGCAUUUUCGUAGAAUCAUGGAAUUACAUAGUUGAUAGGGCAUCCAGUAAAAACCCCUGCAAGGCAGGAAUCUCAGCUAAAGCAUCCAUGACAGAUGGCCACCCAACCUCUGCUGAAGAACUUCCAAUGAAAGAAAGUCCACCAUUUCCCGAGGGAAUCCAUUCCACUGUCAAAUAGCUCUUACUGUCAGAAAGGUUCACCUGAUGUUUAGUCUGAAUCUCCUUUCUUGUUACUUGAAGCCAUUGGUUCAAUUCCUACCCUCCAGUGAUCCCCUCCUGUUUGGGAGAUAACCCCACCCCACCCCACCCCACCCCACCCCAGUGUUUCAUAAGCUUGGUAAGAAUGAUCGUGAUCUUUAAAAUCACCUAUGGCAAGGUAGCCAAAGCGGUUUCCUCCAGAUGUGAUUGGAUUACAAUUGCCCCUCCCCAUUGGGCCUAUGGAAGUUGAAGUACGUACAACAACAGCAGGCUACUCACUGACCUAGGGAAAUCAAUAGUCAGGUUGGUGGGGGGGGGAGUUUUUAAAAUUGGAAAUGUUCAUCUUCCAAAAACCCAUUCUAUUUCUUCAUCUGAAGCAGCCAUGCCUGUUUUUGUGUUUUUGGUAUGGCAAACCAGGGCUUCAGUAUGGCCUCAUUACAGGUUCCCUCUCAAAGAGGCGAGCUCUCUAGAGCAGAGCUGAGGUAGCAUACUGGGCAAGCAUUUAAACUUUAGACUUAUAAGCCACAUUGCUGCAAAUUAUCGUAACCGGACAAUCAGAGUGCAUUUUCUGAAAAGUCAGUCGCGGUGCAUGAAUCACACUCUGCUUUUGUGUGAAGAGAGCUUUGCUCAUGGUUUUCCAGUAUCUCUCAUCCUUACAUUCUCAUUUCAUCCAUCACUUUGAACAUACACAAUGCUAUAACGUUUAGAGAGCCGUUCCUUUUCUGCAUUUCCUCCUCCAUUCUUCCUAUAACAAAUCAGGAAGCAGAGCCACUUUUGUUAAAAGCACAUCCCUCUUCUUCAGUUAGGUUGUGGUCAAAAUCAGGGGUGGGAACAGUUUGUGCAUAUAGGUGGCAUGUUUCCUUUAAAACAUUAUUGUGAUAAAUCCCCAAGCUCUGAUUCAUUUUUUGCUUUUCCAGCAUUGGGGGACUUUAAAGUGCAAUUUGUGGUCACUGAGUGUGGAUGCAUGGCAAGCAGCAGAAAUUAUUUCAAAAUUCUGCUAAAAACGUGGGUGAGUUUGCAACCUGAAGCAAGAAUAAAAAACCAAUCCACAAAAGUUAAAGCUGUGAAUCAAACAGGAAAUAUUAAGCCUGUGUUUCUCUACAGAUAUUAGUGAUACUGUACUUUUAUGAGUUAUGUGUGGUUAUAUGUGUUGGCAUCCAUCUGACUCAGGAGACAGUGGAGGAGUGCGCCAUUGGUAGUGAAGUCAAACUGUUGGAAGGUUGCAGCACCUGCUGUGGCGAUAUGGGAGAGACAUGUUUUGUUGCAGCUGGAGCAGAUAAACGUCCAGUGAUGAUCUGCUUCUUUUCAAACACUUCCAGGAUGCAAGCCAAGCAGUAUGGUAUAUGCAAGCACUGCUGUCUUAUAGAGGGCUUAAUUUUGGGGGUGGGGAUGGGGAGGAAAAUUGUAUUAAGUAAGAUUGGAGGAAAGUAGUUAGGCCCUUUUACAGGAAGACAUUUGCAUUGCAUUACCUCUGCUUUUAAAAUGGUAAAAAGUGUAUGUUGAAUUAGUUUUAUUUUAAAUCGUACUUGCACACCUGAUAUUUUGCAUUACAGAAAGAUGCACCAAAGCUGAAAUGGCAUUUUAAAAAAUUCUUCUUCUUCUUUGGCGAUCACUUGUAGCCGAGUAAGAUUGUCUUUCAUGAACACGAUUUUAACAAUGGGUCCGUAAGUGACCGUGGAGGCCAAUUCUGGAUCCACACGUCCUUCCACAGUGGGGACAUUGGUUUCCAGGCGGGAGUUGAUCACGGUGUGGAUUUGCCAAGCGUGCCUUCCUCUUAGCACAUUUCUUCCUUGCAUCCUGAGAUCGAGUUUCUUCAAAGCCCGGUGUGGUUUACUAUUUUGUUAAUAUGGGUUUCCGAGUCUUUCUUUGUCCAAGGAUCAAAUAGAUAAGGCUUUGUGCUUUUGAAAAGAAUAUUUUGAGGUCUAAUGCAUACCUUCCAACAUGUCUCCCACGAAAAUAGGGACGUCCCAUUCCACAAUGAUAAUUUUACUAUUUAUACCCCACACAUCUUACUGGGUUGCCCCAGCCACUCUGGACAGUUCCCAACACAUAUAAAAGCAUAAUAAAACAUUAAACACUAAAAAAACAAAAAACCUUCCCUAUAAAGGAUUGCCUUCAGACGGCUCAGGGAUUGAAUAACUCCACACCCUCCAGCAUUUCUCCAACGAAAAUAGGGGCAUCUUAAGGAAAAGGGACAUUCUGGGAUCAAAUCAGAAACCGGGACGGCUUCUUUAAAUCAGGGACAUCCCUGGAAAAUAGGGACAUUCGGAGGGUCUGCCAAUUGUAAGAAUGAAGGACAAUUACUACCGGUAGCACUGAGUUUUCUGAGUUUUGUUGUUGUAAAGCAGCAUGCAUUAGUCAUCUAUUUUCGUUUUGCAGAAGUUCUCUCUUAUAGUGGCAGAGGUUAAGGGGUGGGCAGUAGGAGAGAGAGAGCAGUUAGUAGAAGCUAGUGCUUAGUGAGACUUUACAGUGCAGAUGCUGGAAUUGGGCCAUUGGAAACAGAACCACAGGGUCAGAGUGAAGCCUUGCUUGCUGGGUCCAAAGAAUGGCUUCUCAGGCUCUGAGCACCCUGGAGCUUCGAAGCCCCCGCUAAGCUCCUCCAGUAUGACAUCACGGAUUUUGCUACGACAGCAGCUCAUGCGUGAGCAGAUGCAGGAGCAGGAGCGCCGAGAGCAGCAACAGAAACAGCAAGCAGCCCAGUUCAUGCAGCAGAGAGUGGCGCUGAGUCAGACACCAGCCAUCAACGUCAGCCUCCCAGCCAGUCUCCCUCCUGCUACUCAAGUGCCAAUGGAAGUCCUCAAGGUGCAGACUCACCUGGAAAACCCUACCAAGUACCACAUCCAACAAGCUCAACGGCAGCAAGUCAAGCAGUACCUCUCUACUACAUUAGGAAACAAGCACACCAACCAGGCUCUAAGCUUACCGUGCCCAAAUCAGCCAGGGGAUCAUAUUAUACCGCCUGGCACAGGAAGCAGUGCACCAAACAGCCCGAUGGCCAUGCUUACGCUCAACUCCAACUGUGAAAAGGAGGGCUUUUAUAAAUUUGAAGAGCAAAGCAACAGGGUGGAGAAUGAAUGCCAGACUCUCAACACACAUUCUCGAGCAUCUUGCAUGCAGAUGGAUGAUGUAAUUGAUGACAUUAUCAGUUUGGAGUCAAGUUAUAAUGAAGAAAUCUUUGGUUUAAUGGAUCCUGCCCUACAAAUAGCAAAUACGUUACCUGUCUCCGGCAAUCUUGUGGACCUCUAUGGCAAUCAAGGCAUGCCUCCCCCCGGACUCAACAUCAGCAACUCUUGUCCUGCCAACCUUCCUAAUAUAAAAAGGGAACUCACAGCAUGUGUAUUUCCAACAGAGUCAGAGGCGAGAGCGCUGGCCAAAGAGAGACAAAAGAAAGACAAUCACAAUUUGAUUGAACGAAGACGGCGAUUCAAUAUUAACGAUCGUAUAAAAGAACUUGGCACUUUGAUACCCAAGUCGAAUGACCCGGACAUGCGUUGGAAUAAGGGAACUAUUUUAAAGGCCUCUGUGGACUACAUCCGCAAGUUGCAAAGAGAACAGCAACGUACAAAAGAACUAGAGAACAGACAAAAGAAACUGGAACAUGCCAACAGGCACCUUUUGCUCAGAAUACAGGAACUUGAGAUGCAGGCUCGAGCACAUGGACUCUCUAUCGUGCCGUCCACAGGCCUUUGUUCGCCAGAGAUGGUGAACCGGCUCAUCAAGCAGGAGCCGGCCGUCGACAACUGCAGCCAAGAGGUCCUGCAGCGCCAUCCCGACCUGUCUUGCACAACCACUCUCGACCUUACCGACGGCACCAUCACUUUCAAUGACAGCCUGGCCAAUGUGACUGAGUCAGCUGCCGGCACUUAUGCUGUCCCUACGAAAAUGGGCUCCAAACUGGAAGACAUCUUGAUGGACGAUACCCUCUCUCCCGUCGGGGUGACCGACCCCCUCCUUUCCUCGUUGUCUCCCGGGGCGUCGAAAACAAGUAGCCGAAGGAGCAGCGUGAGCAUGGAGGAAUCUGACCACACUUGCUAGUGAAUGCAAAUUAGAAAGGCUCUUCGUGGACUUCUUUGUUUCUUGAUCAGUAGAUUAAGUAAUUCGCUCUGUUUUCUUAAUAACUAUCUUUUAAUAUAAAUCUUCAAAUAGCCCAGUGUAUGUGACUUUUUUAAAUGUUUGCAGAGACUUGUAUAUUUUAUUUUAAAACUACCAAUGCUUCCAAAGUAUUGUACUGCAUCUGUGAACCAGAUUCGCCAAGAGCUCCAAAGUGAGCUCAUGUCUACUUGAAAGCAAUAGAGUUAGACUGAUCGCCAAGUCCAUGAUCCACAAAAGGUGAAACUUCCUGUAUAACUGUAAAUGAUGCCCAUUGACGUGGAAAUGAAACGUAGAAGAAUGUAAAGAAACCAAAAAAAAAGGACUAGCUUUGUAAAACUAUUUUUUUUUGUGUUGACUUAAUAGUGCCUCCUUUUAAAGAUACAGUACUUGUUAAUCCAAUUUAAUCUUUCCCAAGGCAUUAAAUAUAAUAUGUAUGUCAGCGGGUCACCUGUACAAAAACUAACUCACGGUGAUCUCGAACAAAGUACAAGCUAGAAUGAAGGAGGGAGAGACACAGAGAGAUAUUCAAUGGCAUUGACAUGUGGUUAUUUUUGUUCUGGUCUCCAGUGAGUGGACAACCUCCGAAAUCAUGGUUCAGUUUUUGGGUUUUUUUUUAGAAAUCACUUUUAAUCAUGGCAAGAAAUCUAUACUGGUAUUUUAACAAUGCAAGACUGGUGAAUAUUUCAAGCUCUUAACAAAAAAACAAACACUUAGUACCUUCUGUCAAUUGGAUAUAACCAAUUGGAUUUUGUUUUUGUUUUUUUAAAUUACAUUGUACAGUUACCUGAUUUGCAUGAAUUUUUCACUUUUUUUUCCAUUCUGAGUACAUUUGUAUUUUAUUUGUAAGAAAAUGCCUCUAGUUAUCACAAUGAUUUUGUUUUUUAACAUUUUAAAACCCCGCAAAGGGGGUUGUUCUGCAUUCUCUGUACACACUUCAGAGUAAGCUUUUGUGCAGGUUCCUGUCUUUUCAAGAGUGGUUUUGUGACUAUUUUAUAUAUUACAGCCUCACUUGGAAGAAAUGUUUUGACACCGACAGAGCUUUAAAUCAUAGUACAGAUUUAGGUCUAGUUAACAAGACGAUGCUCUGUAUAAAAAAAGGAAAAAGGAAAAAAAAAAUCCCAAACUUAACAUAUUUAUUUUUAGUGAUACAGGACAAAUAGAAAUAUGCUUGAGAAACACGGUUGCUAUAUCCUUUAGUGCGCUGUUAGAUUUUUUCAGGUUGAAAGAGGAUUUUACUAUAUCUGCAGGUAUUAACUGUUACUUGAUCCCAACGUUGUCAAGUUUAACCAUGCAACAGUGUUGUCGUGAGAGCAUGUUCUGUGCAUUAUCUACUCCAGCGUAGUCCUAUGCAAUAACAGUAGUGAUACUUGUAUGAUUGUCAUGCCUAAAUAUUUUAUACAGUGGUUGUGUGGUCUUACCAGUGGAGAAAGUGAUUGGCUUCCUGCCCUAGCAGCCACCCAGCUGACUUGCAAAUGGCAGGGAGGCAUAUCUCAUUCAGAGUGAAGUGCCUUAAAUUUAGCCGUAGUCUCCGUGAACUAGCACUGACUGAAGUGUGUGACCUAAGACCGUUUGGGAGGAGGGGAUUGCUGAUGGUGGCUGAUGGGUGGGGCACAGUGCUCGUGACGUGAAGCAAGAGCACCCGAAUCUUUCACCCAAGCCUGUGCGAAUUCUGACACUAUUUCCAGACGUCUUGGACCUUUUCUGCUCCAGCUUUGUUUCUGUGCUUUGGAAACCUGAGCUAUAGGCAGCUGGUGAUUCUUCAGAACGCUAGGAUGAAAGCAUGGCGACGAUCAGGAUACGUUAAGUCUCAAAAGGAAACAGCUGCUGUAUAGUUUGGUUAAGCAUCUGUGAAACCACUAAGGCCAAAUCGUGCUCCUUUGUAAGUGCACCACUAACUUGGGGGAGCCUCAUCUUUGCAACGCCAAGAAUCCACAUAGACCCGUCUUCCCUAAGCUGGCUCCCUCCAGAUGUUUUGGACUACAACUUGCAUCAACCAGCACGGAGUUGUAGUCUAAAACACCUGGGGUGCACCAGAUUGGGAAAGGCUAUUGUAGACAAUAAAAGAGAGGAAUAAUCAGAUGUGGGAACUCUGGUUUGAAGGAACAGGAAGGCAUUUUCUCCUAACCUCAAAAUAUCUUCCAACUCAAUAAUUGCAUGUGGUAGAAUUUGACUAUUAUCUGGCCAGCGAUAAUGGUCACAGAUGACUGUUAAUGUAGGAGUCCAAAUUUGAACUGCCUUAGUGCUGACAGCGCAAUCCUAACCAUGCCUGCUUGGAAGUAAAUCCAACUGAAUGGGGCUUACUCCCAGGUAAGCGUGGUUGGGAUUGCAGUGCUAGCUUUCGCAGCGAGUUAAGAACCCCGAUCUGUAGCUUGACCUGGUCAAGUGGGUGUUUGGCCCAUCAUUAGCAAUGUGGUGCAAGUUACAGCUCAUGAAAGGUCUGUUGCCAUCUACAAGCGAUGGAGUACUUGUAGUCUUCUAGAUGUUCCAGCUCCCAUCUUACUGGACCUCGAGCCAUGCUAAUGGAGCUAGAAUCUAAGAACCAUAGCUGCCAAGUUAUCCCCUUUUUAAAGGGAAAUUCCAUUAUGCUGAAUAGGCUUCCUCGCGAGAAAAGGGAAAACUUGGCAGCUAUGCUAAGAACACCUGGAGGACUGCAGAUUCCCAGUCCCUGGGGCAUACUAGCAGCUGGAAGCUAUUUAGAAUUUCA